AGGCCCGCGGGAUUUAUGCCGGAGCCGGGCUGCGCGGGGAGGAGAGCGCCCGGCCCGGCCCGGCCCAGCCCGGCAGCUGGGGAAGACAUCCGGGGGCUGCGCCCUGGCGAUACUGGGGGGAGGGGGAGAUCGGUCGCGUCUGAGCCUGUCCUGCCUCUCCCUGGGGGGCAAUCUCGGGGUUCUCUCCGUGGUGGUGGUGCACGUUCCCCCUGCAAGAUGUUACAAUAUUUUACUAAGACGUGGCGCCACAUGAAGAUUUACUACACUACCGUUUACCAGGAAAUAUGGGUUGGGUUGGCCUUAACCUCCUAUGUCUAUUACAAACUCUCCUUUGGUCGUAAAAAAGCAGUGGCAGACAAAUCUUCUUCUUCUGGCCAUCAUUAAAUGGCUCUUCAUUGAGUAUGCAUUCCAUGACUUGUCAUCUCUGCUAUAAAUGAAGCAAGCUACCAUCAUAGGGAAGUUAAUUGGACCGCAUAAGCAUUGUACAGUCCUACAACUGUAUGUAAUCCACUGUACUACAUAGGAGGAAUAAAUGUGUUGAGCAAGAA